UUAUAUAAAAUAAAUCCAAAAUAAACUGCAUGUGUGUCUUACACGUAUUUGAAGGGGAGCUGCUUGCUCUGUUUGUUCGUUUAUCUGACCACUUCUUUGUCUUGCGUUGUGUCGUGUCGUGCUCGAGUGUUGCUGCACACACACUAAAGUUAAUCUUUAGUAAUUCGUUUUAUAAAAAUGAUAUGAUAGUUCGUAAGCUAUUACUAUAUUAAGAAAUGUUGAAUUAGACUUUUCAGUACCCGUUAGAGAGUGGCGUGGUCUUUAAAACGAAAUAAAAUGGCCAUUAAAUCCAGUAAUCCCAUGAAGAAGUUAACGUUACAUGACGGUGCUCUGAAUAGCUUUAAAUGUGUCUCUCCAUAUUAGGGCCUGCAAAUAUUUAUAUAUCGCAACCUUCUUAAAAACCCACACACUUCCCAUCAGCAUUUCACACUUGGCUUGGUCAAGUCAUGAAAGCGGUUUCCUCUCAUCACACAUUUUAGAGAACCAGCCUGUCCACACCAAAAUAACUGUAAUACAAGGGAAUGGGCUAAACUGAACCCAGGCCAGUGUUAAAUGACGCUUACAAAGAACACUUAAAAGUCUCAUGUUUCCUGAUUUUGACCCUCAGUUGCAUGACACACAAUUUUGAAACAUUAACUGGCCGUCUGUCUCUGUGAGUGCUUCAGGAAUGCUUCUGAGAUCCUCUAUUCCCCAUCCAAUCCUCAUCUUAUCCCUGUCAGUCAUUUUGUCUCCCAUCCACCCUGUUCAGAAUAUGGUUGAGGGGGUGGAGUCUGUUAUCGGGAGGCGUGGCUUUUCAGUGAUCUGGAAUAUACCUACAGCUCGGUGUCAGCGUCAAUAUGGAGUCUCCUUGCCGCUGCGCCAGUUUAACAUCAUUCAUAACUCACAGGAGAGAUUUCAGGGUCAAAAUAUGAGCAUUUUUUAUCAGCGCCGUCUGGGUCUUUACCCCUACAUCAACCGUCAAGGCUCUAUGGUCAAUGGUGGCCUGCCUCAACAAGGAUCCUUGAUGGCUCACCUCUCAUUGGCUGAGGCGCAGAUCAGUGAAGUGUUGAGACACACUUUCAGUGGAUUAGCCGUGCUAGAUUGGGAAGCAUGGCAGCCCAUAUGGAUGUGGAACUUCGGGAAAAGAAUUGUAUAUAGGAAAAUGUCCAAAAUGCUGGUUAGGUGGAAAUAUCCACAUAUGUCAGAGGAGGAAGUGAAAUCCAAAGCGAAGGCAGAAUUUGAAUUGGGAGCAAGAAUAUUUAUGGAAGAGACCCUGCGUCUUGGUGUUCGCCUCCGCCCAGAGGGAUUAUGGGGGUUUUAUGGGUUUCCCAGUUGCUAUAACAAUAAUGGCCAAGGCCAGAGCGGAUACACAGGGCAGUGCCACAGUGGAACAGAGAUUCUGAACGACAGACUGGCAUUUCUAUGGCAACACUCUACUGCCUUGUAUCCCAGCAUUUAUUUGUGGCAUAAACUGGCCGGACACCCACACGCUCAACUCAUGGUGAGACACCGUGUACUCGAGGCCCUCCGAGUGGCAUCCCAGCAUUCACCUGGCACUGAAAAACUUCCUGUAUUUCCCUAUGCCAGACUGGCGUUCUCACACACAUUGGCAUUUCUGAACCAGACGGACUUGGAACACACAUUGGGUGAGAGUGCUGCUUUAGGGGCCUCUGGAGUCGUGUUAUGGGGCGAGCUGAGUUUUGCAAAGUCUAAGCUGCAGUGUGCUCUCUUGCGUGAUUACAUCAGCUCAGUAUUAGGAGAGUAUGUCGACGCCCUGCAGGCCGGUGUGAGGACUUGCAGUAAAAGAAUGUGUAACAGCCAGGGACGCUGUGCUCGACGGGACCCUCACUCAGGUUACAUGAUCCCUCUACAUGGUACCCAUGAAGAUCUUCCUUUUAAUGACAUGAGGUCAAAGUUCAAGUGUGUCUGUUAUGAAGGAUGGAGAGGAGAACACUGCGGGCAAAGAUUGUCCUAAGAACAGAUGUGCUUUUCUGAUUUACAUUCAUUUUCACUGUGGGGAUUUUUAAAACAUCUUUGUUGAAAAAGUUGUAAGCUAUUAACCAAACCCACCCCAGCUACUUACUGUGUUGGUUUGGUGAAUCACAAGCCUUUGAAAAUCGGACAAAGACCAUGCUCGAGUGUACAAAAUAGAAAUUCAAGAUUCAAGAUUUUAUUUGUCAAGUACAAGUUAUAUGACAUACAACAAGUAGUGAAAUCUAGGUCUG